AUGGCACCCUACGAAGCCCUUUACGGCCGCAAGUGUAGGUCCCUGCUCCAUUGGGAUGAAAUAGGCGAAAGAAAAUUCCUUGGCCCCGACCUAGUCCAACAAACCGUCGAUAUCAUCAAAAACAUCCGAGAGAAAAUGCGAAUUGCCCAAGAUCGGCAACAAAGCUAUGCCAACACUCGAAGGAGAGAUCUCGAAUUCGAAGUCGGAGACUCCGUAUUCUUAAAAGUAGCGCCUUUCAAAGGAAUUAUGCGAUUUGGGAAAAAGGGAAAAUUAGCACCGCGAUUUAUUGGCCCAUUCGAAAUUCUCGACAAAAUUGGUACUCGCGCCUACCGACUCGCCUUACCACCCAACUUAUCCAACUUUCACAACGUCUUUCACGUUUCGAUGCUUCGAAAAUACAUUCGCAGCCCCGACCACAUAUUGAAAACCGAACCGGUCGAACUAAACCCCAACCUAUCCUACGAAGAGAAACCUUCCCAAAUACUUGAUUUCAAAACCAAAACCCUUCGAAACCGAGACCUUAAAUUCGUUAAGAUCCUUUGGCAAAACCAUACACCCGAAGAAGCUACGUGGGAACGAGAAGAAGAAAUGCGCGAGCGAUACCCCGAGUUUUUCAGCUCCAAAAAUACCAUCAAACCCACUUGCCUCCUUACGAAAGAUCACAACACCUCCCUCCUUGAAGCUCACACCAUUUCCUUCACAAUCAAGGUGGCUUGGUUGAACUUCGGUGCUUGA